AUGUCCAGGACCAUGGACCGCCGGAGCAAGUUGGCUGAGAUCAAGCUCGUAUCGAAAUUCCACCCAGUGGCCAAUUACUCAUACCCCUCGCCCAUGAGCCCGACAAGCCCUACCAUCAACCGCUUCGACAGAUGCUCCGUAGGCUCCGAGGGCUCUACGCCUGGCCUCAUCGACGACAGGACCGAUUCCGAAGUAUCGCAGGAGGAUGACUACCAACACAUUGCACACGCCACCGAACUAUGGGAUAGCUUUUGGCAGGCUGGAGGCGAAUGGCGCUUGGAAGAUGCCAAACUCGAACUCGCUCAUCCUGCCAAGGACGAAUACCGGCCUCGUACCUCUUCGCACCACAGUAGACAGCCGUCCCAAAAAUCCGUUGAGCCCAGGACACCAUCGUGGCCUCUUCCCCUGUCCACGGCCAACACCCCUCACAAGCCUGCCACCAAAUACUCUGCGUUUCCAAGCCUCAGACCAGUUCCCCUGACAUCGGCUCUUGCACCUGCACCUCUUUGCCCAAAGUCAUCCGGCACAAGCACCAUGACGGCACCUUGCAUUCCUCCACCGCGACCUCGACGCCCUGAGGCUCUUCUCACACCUUGCCUCAGACAACCAGGCCAGACUACGGUAAUUCUGCCCUCGACCGCAAAGGUUAUGCAGCCCUGCAUGUACACUCGUCCCAAAACAUCCUCUGGAACUGCACAGCCCCCCCAAAAGUCCAUGGUCGGCCACUCCCGAAAUCAUAGCACCAUCGUUGGCAUCCAGGAUGUCGCGUCACGCUCUUCGCAAAACCUGACAAGAGCCCCCUUCACUCAUGAAUUUCAACACGGACCGCGUAACUCCAAGUCUACGACCUACCUGAGUGCUGCCCGCCAACAGCAGCGCCAGGAGCAGCUUCAGCAACUACAGCAAGAACAACAGCAACGACAACAGCAACAGCGGGAAGAACCCCAGUCCGUAUUCGAGGAAGAUUCGGAUUGCGAAGCCUCCGGGGCCAAGUCCUUCUUUCGGUUCCACAGGCGUUCCGGUAGCGACAAGAGCCAUAAAGCGUCGGCUGCAGCCCAAGAGGCAGCGUCACUUCACAAGCGGCGCAACCGCGCAGAUACCAUUGCUGUUUCCCCCAUGACAAACCCGCCUACUCUGGAGCGCGAGCGCAAAGUGGACGUUUUUGGACGCAUACUUGGCCGUCGUAGUCGAUGA